CUUGGAAAAAGGCUUAGUUUUUCUACGUGUGUGCAUCACUGUGGAGCUCAAACAAAAAACUCAUGCUGGAAAAUGGCCCAAAAUGAAACAGAUCCAUUUUUGGAAAUAUUAAAAUCAUUCAAUCUCGAUGAUAUGAUUCUAGCCUUCUGUUUGUCUAUGCUCGUGGGCCUGCUGCUGGGAGCUUUGGUCUACGUUCUGCUGACUUGGGCGUCAAGACGCCGGGCUACUGCCAGGAUCACAAGACGCUCCAAAAAGAAACCUCGAAAUUCCCAACGUGACCCCACAGGAAGCCAGUUUGGCCUUUACCGAAGCACUUUCCUGAGUGUUUAUAGACAGCCCUCUCUAGAGCCAGUGGGCCCAUUGGGGAGUAAACCUGGAGCAGAGACGUCCACCUUUCGGCCGUUGCCUAAAAAGAGCAGAUCUAGCCUAGGCAUGGGGGAUGAUACGCAGGUAACCAUGUCAGAGGACACAGUGGCUUUGGACUCUUCGGAUUCAGCUUCCCUUGUCCCAAACAAGAGAAAUUCCUUUUGGCUGGGCGGCAACGGACUUAAAGGAUUCCUUCCUUCAAAUACCCCCCCUCCUGCAUAUGACAGUGUUAUUCAUGCCUUUCAGGAGACAUGCACUUAAAGCUGUUGAGAUCAUGGGAACUGAACUUUUUUUGCUCCACCAUGUCUUUACUGAAUCUGUUGCACAAACUCCAGUUUAACUUUUUUUGGUGAUCACUACAACUGAAGUGAUUUUUUUUGAAAAAUAUGAUCUUAAAAGUCUUCCCACUUUUGUUAAAAUGCCACCUUUUAAUGAUGGAAAAAAUACCGUCAUAAUGCUAAUUUCUAAACUUUCUUUCACAUACAA